AUGACAAGCCUAAAGUUGAAGGUCAAUAGGGCGAAGCUCUCGGCAUGCUUGACAUGUCUUUUGUGUAACAAAUGGUUCAGAAACGCCACCACUAUAUCAGAAUGCUUGCAUACUUUUUGCAGGGAAUGCAUAGAUAAGAAGCUAAUAGAUGGGAAAUUGAAGCACUGUCCAGUGUGCAAUGCAGACUUGGGUUGUUCUCCACUGGAUAAACUAAGACCAGAUCACAGCCUGCAAGAUUUGAGGGAGAAAAUAGUCACCUCUGAAGGAAAAAAUACUAAGGCACUUGACAAUGUUCCUUCAGUUACAUUGCUAACCAAAAGAAAGAAGAAAUCUCUAUCUUCGCUAAAAGCCAAUGCAGGAAGAGCCAAAGCUGCUGCAAGAAAAGCUUUCACUCCACAAGAAUCAGAUUUUUCUGCUUCUAAACCUGAUGAAGUGGCAGAUGUUAAGAAAGAUGAUGAACUCUGUGAGAUAGAAAUUUUGGAUGAAGUUUCUACAAUUAUAUCUGCAAGAAGAGCAAAAGCUGCAGCAAGGAAAAAAUUCAUUCUAAGUGAAUUAACUCCUACCAGUCAAGCUGACAAAGUAACGGGAGAUGAAAAGAAAGAUGAUGAUCAUCCCAUACUUGAAACUUUCAACGUGGCUUCCAAAACCAAAGUUCAUAAUUCUUCAAAAUCAAAUUCCAGUCAACAAAUAGUGCCAGACAAGAUUUCAGGCGACAAUGCUGAGUUAUGGGAAGAAAAGGCUGAUAUGUAUGAGCCAUUAAGUUCCCUGGUGGAAGCUGAAAGCAAAAACAAGUCUCGUAAUAAGUCCACCAUGCAAGAAAAUCAUGUGACUCCAGUGGCUGUGGACUCUAGUGGCAAUGAGUCGACUCAUCAUCCAAAAUCAGAAUCCAUCAAAGUUAAAAGGUUGCAGGGCACCCAAGAAAGAACAGCCAGAAUCUCUGAGGACUUGAAUGUUCCAGCACAAUCUGUGAUUGGUUCAAACAGUGAAAGCAACAAUGAAUUGUGUCCAAUCUGGUUCUCUUUGGUUGCUUCUGAAGAGAACGAAGUGGGUGCACGAUUGCCACAAAUAUCUUCCUGCUACCUAAGGGUUAAGGAUGGUAAUUUACCUGUUUCCUUUAUCAAAAAGUAUCUUGUGAAGAAGCUUAAUCUUGCUAGCGAAGCUGAGGUGGAGAUCUCAUUACAAGGUCAGCCAGUUUUAUCUUCACUGAAACUGCAGAACUUAGUUGACCUGUGGUUGGAAAGAUUUCCAGCGAAUGAGAUGAUUCAGACUUCUGUUGGAAACUCAGCUAAGGAUUUUGUUAUGGUCCUUUCAUAUGGUCGAAAGGCUUGA